UAGUCAACGGAAAGAACCAAAAAUUUUGUGUACUUCUCCGCAGCCUAAGUCUGACCAAUUGCUUCUUGCCUUCUUCCCUUCACCAACCUAAAUCCAACUACAAGAAGGGAAGACGAAGAAGAAGUGAACAGGAAGCUUCUCCAUGACACGUCUUCCCCAAAAUAACCCCAUUUUUUUCAACCACCGGCAACUCGAAGCUUCCCUUCCGCGAGGGCGAUGAAGUAAUUUACGCAAUGGAGGACACUUAGAUCGUGGGAAGGUGGUGGUUCCGCGUCUCCGUCCCCAAUCUAAAUAGCACCUCCAUCCCUUCUCCCGCAAUUAACUUCCCAUUUCUCUCUGCUUUACGGCAAUCAACAUUUUUUUUUCCAGAUCGGGAGAAAGCAGAGAUCUAUAUCAAUGGCGGACUGCAGACCACUGGGUUUCUUGCUGGGACUCCCGUUCGCGUUGGUAGCGCUGGUUCUGUCUCUUGUUGGCGCCGUCAUCUGGAUCAUCGGGUCGGUACUGAGUUGCCUGUGCCCGUGCUGUAUUUGCUGUGCUGGGUUGGCCAAUUUCGCCGUCGGGCUAAUCAAGCUGCCGGUCAGAGUACUCCGAUGGUUCAUCGACCAGAUCCCUUGUUGAUCGGCCGUUCAUUUGCUCGUUCCGGUUCAUAGUUUUUUCUUCUUCUUUUUCUGCAGACAUGCUUCUAUUUCUUCUUUCUAAUUCAUUGAUUCAUUGUCUUCCUGUACUGAGUACUGUAAUUUCCAUCAGAUAGUCGUAGAAGAUAAUAAACGAUGCUCAUUUGGUGAUUCGUUGUUGGUUCUUUGUUCAACGAAACGACUGGAUAUUUGGGCCGCCCUUUGCGUAAAAGGCCCAUUUUAAUAUGUAGUAGUAGUAGUUUUCCCUUUGUUGUGGUUGACAAAUUGGUUGCUCAAAUCACUGAAGACGACGAUCGAGGAUGGCGCGUUGUAUUUUUUUCUCCGAGAAAUUCGAUAGUUGUUCGUAAUUUUAGUCGCAAUGCAAGUAGAGCUUAUCGAAUGUUCAUGGCACGAUAGGUAUCGCGCAGUCAAUUUUUUACUGUCGAUUUGGUGUUUGAUUUUAGCUGACAUGCUCGAUGAUUGACGAAAAGUCUCGGAACUAGCAAUGCUCUUCCCUUGUUCGAACGAAGUCUAUCAGAAACUAUCAAUUUAACGGUGCAAAAUUGUAUUUUUCAUAAUAUUCGUAUACCUUGUCAAACAUAAAUGAUGAUAUUAUAUAUGAUUGGCACGGUUCGUACCACCUAAAGGUUUAGAUCAAUACACAAUCCUAUACCAC